AUGGUCUGGGAUAAAUACAACCGCUCGAAUGGCGGUGUCACAAUCGACUUUUACCCAAACACACUCGACAACAUCUUUUGGUCAAAGGAAGGAAUCAUUGCAGUCGGUGGCAGCGACCAUGUACCACGUCUCAAAGCAUUUGCAUCAGAUGAGAGGAGAUGGGACAAGAUCAACCUCAAGACGAGUNUUUUCACCCUUGAAGAUAUCCAACUUCAGCUACCUCUGAGCUGGAAAAACUUUUCGAUCGGUGAAGAAAUGUCAGAGUCCUUUGUUCACGCCCUCGACUGGUCAUCUCCAGGACUUGGCAAACACAAGCGAAGCGUACUGGCCGUUCUGACUUCAAAUCAUGUGCUAUCAAUCUGGGAGUGCGUUGGAAAACCAGAAAUUGCUACGGAUUGGGUGAGAGCUUGCGUCGUCAACCACGCCCUCCAAGCACACUACAAGGAAAAGGAUGUCCAGGCUCCGGAAGAGAUUGGCCUGGAGUCCAUGGGCUUUAAAUUCCGCCAAUUCGCCAACGCUCAGCCGGGUCUCAAUCUUGAAUUCCAGGUCUCGGCACAAGAGAUCAAUACUCCCUGGGACGAGAUUGCAGACGACAACGAGAACAUUUCUGUGCAAAUUGCAUAUCAUCUUGGCUCAGGGACUGACCGCAUCACGAGUCUGGCCUUACCAUUCACACCGAGUUCAGGCCUCGGAUCCACUAACUGGCAGCAUGACCUGCUCAGAGGACAACGACGUUUUAGUGAUGAGUGGAACCUUGCAGGCAACGUCAUGUCCAGAGCCUAUGGCUUGUGUACAUCUCCCUUCGGCGACUUAGUUGCUGUUAAUAUCAGCUUCCACCCGAGCGAUGGAGUUGAAUACACAACAAACUCUGAUGAGGUCUCGUAUCUCAUUACAAGUCAGUGCAAUGACGACUUGCAAUUCGCUCUCGCCGGGUCUCCUUCCAAUGCUUGCGAAUUGACUGCCGAAGCUCUGCUUUCCAGCUUACAAAGCCUUGCCGUGCGUGAGCCUGAAGCGCUUGCCGACGACAGCUUUGUUGUCGAGCAGGUCAUGCAAGCACUCGACCUCUCAGAGUUGCCCUCAUCCAGCUUCAAUCAAGGACAGAUCACAGAAGAUACGCCUGUUGAGCUAAUCGUGCGUCAAGUGAGACAGAACAUCUUGUUCGAUCGUGACAGUGUUCACAGUCGGCUGUCGCAGCUGCUGAAAUAUGUCAAAGCCGACAUUCCCAAGACUCCGCCGCUCGAUGCCACGGUCGUGCUCAAGAUUGUUUCAGAGAUUUCGCGCCUACCACAUUUCAUUGCCGACGCAAGUCUCUUGAGUACCUCAAUUAUGCAAACCCAUUGUUUGAUUCUGGCGAAACUGCAAGCACGAGCUGGCAAUGCUGACGCCGAUGCUUCAACGCGAUCAGGCCAUUAUCUGGGCGGCACCACGGAGCAAUUCCAGUCGAAUUGUGCUCCUGAGCGAAGGAUACCUACGCCUCCCUCACCUCGUUCUCCUGUUGAACCUACAGACUUUGAGAAAUAUCAGCAGCUGACGCGCGAGGCUUGCAAAAGUGGAGUCGACAGCGAUGAGGAUUCUUACAUCGGAUCUGUCGAAGAGAUGACGCCCGUCAGACCAGCAAGGAGGAGCAAUAUGCUGGUUGAUGGUCUUUUUCAUCACAGCUCUCCACAUGUCCUGGAAGAAGAAAGCCCGAUCCUGCCGAAGCACCAGGAUUUGGCUGUAGCUAAUCACAUCAAGGAAGUGCAUCUUUCCACCAUGCAAGCUCUCACUGGCAUCACUGGUUCUUUAAAUCCACCACCCACACCUCCACCAAUACCGAUUCGUGAUUCGCGACAUCAAGAUUGGCGAGACUCUCGACACCGAUCGGUCUCUGCGCCUGCGAAGAAGGUUACUAUGGCACCGCCACCUAUCGAUACGUCGCGGAUCUCAAAUCAACAGCCACAUGUCAAGACGCCAUAUCCUUUCCGUGUCAUACACCGCAAAGAGUUUGGCCGUCAGUUCUCGGCUUCUGCACCUGCGCUACGCAGCCCGCAUGUGCAUGACAGCGUAAUGACUCUCAGCAUUCGUCGCAGCAAUCCCAAUAGUCGAUUCCGGCUUUCUACUCUCACGAUCCCAGCCAAUGGCGAGUUCAGCGCAGUCAAAAACCGGCGUCGCAGCUCCGACCGUGGUGGAAAGGAAUACACACCACAGGACUUUGACGACGCAGAACUUUUCCGCCAAUUACACCACCACUACCAGAAGCUCCUAGGUCCAUGGCGCCACUUCUCUGCUCGAAGCCUGACUAUGAUUUGCUGCAGCGGGCAAAAGCAGAUAUGCAUGGGUGAGCUGGGCACACAGAUUAGCAGACGCACCUGCGAUAACCACGCCUUUACCUCCUCCUUCUGCUUCACCAGUCAUAAUGCCGGAUAG